GUGCGUGUGUACGUGUCAGAGAGUGAGUGCUCCAAGCAUGCGUGCAAGCAGCCCCAUCCUGUAGAUCUAGGUAUUGUGAGUUGAGUUAGUAUCUGUGAGCGGAAACCCCAACCUUCCACUUUUAGCCCGUGUCCCUUUCUGCAGAACAGACCAGCUAGCAGUCGUGGUGGUCGGAACAGAACAGUUACUUCCCCCGAAACAAAGACUCACAGCAUGUUAUUUAUGCCUGACCCAAAAAACUACAGACAGCGGGGUUGCGUCCUAAAUGGCAACUUAUUCCUUUCAUAGAGCCCUAUGGGCACCGGUCAAAAGUAGUGUCACCUUAUAGGAAAUGGGGUGCCGUUUGGGACGCAGAUGGGACCGAGCUCCACUGUUGAAGCAUCUAUUUCCAACUGAAGAAGUUUGUCUAUUUGGCUGUCUGCUUCGUACUCCUCCAUAUAGAUCAUAUCAUUCCUAUUCAUUAUAUCCUUCACUGCCCCAUAAUUGAUCUGGGAAAAAGGUCAUACGAUACGAAUAGUUCCUCCAACAUUUCGUGGACCUAAGUGUUCAUUUGUAUAGAUGCUGUAAGUGUCUCUGUCAGUCAGCCAGCUCGGUCUCCGCGUCAGGGGUUUUGAAAACCACGGGAUGCUACUGUGCAUUUCCCCUCCGUGCUGUGUGGUUCUUGAGCAAACAAAAAAACCCGACCUUCUGACUCCGAUAACACAGGAUAUGAUGUAUUCUAUUUCCUCUCAAUGGGUGUCUUCUCUUCAGGGGGUCUCAGAGAAAAGCAGAUAGCCUGCUAUCACUGUUAUCGUUAGAGAAUCAUUCUGUGAGUAAGGUCUAGACGUUGUCCAAGUCUAUUGUUGGGCAGUGCCAGUUUACUUUUUUUUUUGUGCAGUAUGUUAUGAAACAGAUGUAUCCUCACCAGGGGCCCUUUUUGAGAGGACAGCUAGGCUUAGACAAGUAGGUAGGUGGAGGUCUCUGUUUUUUUUUACAAGGACUUCUGACUCGUCACUGACAUCCUGUCUGUCUACAUGAACAAGGAGGAGUGUCUGGAUGACAUGAUGGCCUCCUUGAACAAUUCAACCACCCAAUUAUCCAACAUGGAGUUGGACCUACCUCAUUACCUCCUCAUCGGGGUGUCUCUGCUCACCGUCCUGGUUUUCAUAGUGAUGGGGACUCUGUGGCUCAAAAAGUAUCGUUCCCUGAAGAGGACCAUUCGGGACCUGCGAGGAGGAAGGCCUCUGGGAAAUGUACUUUCCACUCCAGACUCCCCGUUCCUCUCUCCUGCUUCCCCCAGCCCGCCCCCCGUCACCUUGACGACAGAGAAGCUGGGGAAGAAGGACCCUGAGGAGCAGACAUCACUACAGAGAAACAAUAACAGGGCUGUCACUAACAGACUGCUUUGGAGGCCACCACAACUGGUUCCCCGCUUCACCAAGUCAGACCUCAGUCUGCUGCAGCUCAUCAAGGCAGGGAAGGAGGGAGUCUUCUACAAGGCCAGGAUGACACGGGGAACCUGCAAGGGACACGGCAUGUUCACCUGCAAGAUCACCAAAGAGGGUGUGACCCCUAAGCGUAUCGAGAUGGAGGUAUCCAUUAUGAGGAAGCUGGUGCACCACAAGAACGUUCUCCAGCUGCUGGACUGGAACACCACUGAGGGUAAGAACAGACAGCACCUCCAGCUGCUGGACUGGAACACCACUGAGGGUAAGAACAGGCAGCACCUCCAACUGCUGGACUGGAACACCACUGAGGGUAAGAACAGACAGCACCUCCAACUGCUGGACUGGAACACCACUGAGGGUAAGAACAGGCAGCACCUCCAACUGCUGGACUGGAACACCACUGAGGGUAAGAACAGACAGCACCUCCAACUGAGGGACUGGAACACCACUGAGGGUAAGAACAGGCAGCACCUCCAACUGCUGGACUGGAACACCACUGAGGGUAAGAACAGGCAGCACCUCCAACUGCUGGACUGGAACACCACUGAGGAACCCUAUGUGUUGAUCAUGGAGUUUGUGAGCUACGGAACCCUGCGGAGCUUCCUUCAGACCCACAGAGACAAACUGACCUGUGACCCUGAGCUACAGAGCUUGCUCACCAUCGCAUCCUAUCACAUCGCACUGGCCAUGGAACACCUGCGAUCCAAAAUGGUGGUGCACUGUGACCUGGCCCUCAGGAACAUCAUGGUGAGCACGUUCCCCUGGGAGGUAAAGGUGUCAGAGUUUGGUCUGGCCAGAGACCUGACCCGCAUGAAGAGCCGCCGCAGCAGUCGCAGGAAACACCCAGGGGAACGUGUGCCCCUACGCUGGUACCCCCCUGAGUACUUCAGAAUCAACUAUUACAGCUUCAAGGGGGACGUGUGGGCAUUUGGCAUCGUGCUGUGGGAGAUACAGACAUUUGGCACCUUACCAUACCAUGACCUGGAGACAUCAGAGGCCGUCGUCUAUCACAUCUGUGCCGGUCACAAGAAUAAAGACCCCGAGGGCUGCAGGCCAGAGAUAUUGCAGAUAAUGCGAAACUGCUGGAUGGAACCCUACACUUCCAGGCCCUCCUUCUCAGACAUAGUGAGAAUCCUGGAGAACAUCAUGGAGAAUGAUUCAGAUUAUGUGGACGUGGGGAACCCAAGACUUCUAGGAACGGGAGAGACGGACAGCCACGACUCAACAAGCGUCAAACAGUACGUCUAGACGUUGACAACUCAGCUUUGCGAUGAUGCUGUAUCUAAACUGAUAGACUGUACAUAAGAUACCUGACAUUGAUAAUGACGUCAACAAUGUGAAGCUACUAUCUCAUGGUCACUUCAAAUCAUUUGAAAUUAGAUAUUCUGUUAAUUAUACAUUUUCUUAAUGCCGCUAUUGCCACUUUUAUGUAAAUAAACUUCAUAUUCUCCAACGAGGUACUACUCAAGAUGCAAGGUUCAGCAGAAGUCAAGUCAUUUAAGGGUCUUGCAUAUGCCUUGACCUCUGCUACUAUUUUCUGAUUUCUUGACACAUGGUUUCAUUCGUCAAGGCUAACCUGACACAUGUCAUCAAUUUGCUUUUUUGCCAAGUUUUCAACCAUUCUAGAAAAUUCUGAGGAAACCUUUUCCAGCUUUGGAUCCAAUUGGUUAAGGUGUGUUAUGACGACCUGCAAAACAAUGUGAUUGUAAAUUAAGACCGUAUUAUUCUGAAAAUACAGUAGGUACGUAUACUACAGUACAAGUAUAUGCAUGGAGUUGAGUGGGUGCUUGAUUCUGAUAUUUUUUCCACUACUUGAUCUUUUGACCUCGCAUCAGGGAUUUAUUCAUUCCGCAGAACUGUUACAAAACGUUUUGUCUAUUGCAAAAUGGAUUGCAAAACAUUUAGCAACAGAAAAGGUUUACUCCAAACGGAAAACGCUUUGCAACAAAAACUAGAAUUUCUAUUGGACAAAUUCAGGUAAGUCCCUCCCCGUUUCAUUCCGUUUGCGGUAAACAAUUUUCGUUGCAAGACGUAAUGAAUACACCCCAGAUAUUUUUCAGACCUGAUAUAAUUAGUCAAAAUACCAAUUAUUAGAAAAAGAAAAAAAAUCAGAAUUGGGCUGCCUGUGUAAACGCAGCCUAAAUACCCUCGUUGUCUUAUGUCCGAUAGACUGUAGAUACCGCCUGCACUGAUUGGUUGAGGGACAAUGAUGUACCCUAUGUAAUCUAUGGUUUCAAUUAUAUUUGGUUGCUAUGGUAAUAGGCAGCUGCAUAGUUAGCUAGUAAGUUAGCUACCUCGACAAGAUUGCUCCUCGGGGGAUCAUUUUAUAGGGAGCAAGUGUUGUCUUAAACUAUGUGUACAAUUAACGUCUUGCUGCAAAGAACUUAGGUCGCAGAUGUAAAUGAGAACUUGUUCUCAACUGGCCAAACUGGUUAAUAAAUGUGAAAUAAAUCAAAUAAACUAGGCCUACGGCAGCCAUUGUUGUUUGUUUACAUAUUCUGCAUCUUUCUGAACGCACCAAAGAUGGUGGAGAAAUGAAAAGUUCACUCAGACCGUUAACCAUUGAAAAAAAAAAUCAGUUCUGGUCUACUUAACUGGGUGUGUCUCCCAUAAGCACCAAUGCAAUAGCUGCUGGGUCUGGUCUACUUAGUUCAUUGACUUUCAUUGAACCAGAAACAAAACUGCGAGUGGGGUGUCUCGCUCCCUCUUCCGUCUCUGAUAAAUCGCACACGUACAUUGGCUUUGAUACUUUAAUUGGUCUCUGGCUCCCCCCUGUGGAUACACUUGAAGCUGUCGACAGUGUGCAGUAAGCUACACAGUUAAUAUACUAUAUAUGUAUUCUACAUGUGUGUGUGGUCUUCCAUUUGACUAUCAGUUCAUAGUUUUAUGACUAAGUUUUCAAUUCAAAGUCCAAUGAACGAAUUGGGUUGCACCUGUACAGCUGUAGCUACCGCAUACCUAGUGGACAUGUCCGGUAGACACAAUAGUUACCACAAGCACAAAGUCUAUAGGGGUUAUAUAUUUACAGGAAAACUAUUUAUAAA